GGUUGGGAGGCAUUUCCUCACUUUUGGACCACUCCUGUGUUGACCCCUCGUCUGGAAUGUCUCGUGCAGUUUUCUCGAGGGAAUGAACCCGGGUUCACCGAACCCACAGGUCCUGCUCAUGUCUCCUCUCAGGCUCAGCCCUGCUUCCUCCCGUUUGUGGUUGGCGCUGUGUUAUCUGCUCGCUGUCCCGCUGCUGUCCUCGGGGGUCCAUGGCCAGGGUCGUCUGAAGCUGACUGUCCUGUCUGAAGACAGGCUGCAGAUGAAGUGGAAAGAGGCUGACGCUCCCGUUCAGGGCUACAAAGUCAGAGUCAGACCGAUUUCAGAUGAACCGCAGCCAGAGCUGAUGCUGACCACCACCCGGGGCCGGGCAACGGUGGCAGGUCUGGACUCCAGGCAGGAAUAUUCCCUCCAGGUCUUUGUUCUCAACGGAACGAUGGAGAAACUUCUCGCAAAGAGACGUUUUACCAUGGAGGGUUUGCGGGCGGAGAAGAUGAUCCGAAGCGGCAGCCGCGAGGAGAGGAAGAAGAUGCUGCCAGGGGGGUCUGGUUCUGGAGAUCUGGAUGAGUCAACGGAUGGUUCGCCGGGUCUGCCAACAGUUCUGUACUCUGACCCCACAACAAUCGUCACCACGACAGCUGCCACCACCGCAGAUCCAGCAACAACAGAAACCCCCCCUCAGAUCUUGGACGAGGCCCUGGGGAGAGCCCCUAAAGAGAAGAGGAAGAAGAAGAAGGAAAAAGAGCGUGAUGAUUCCAACAUGGAUGAAGAGCAAAGGGCAGGAGAGGGCAAACCAAACCAGGACAAACCCAGAAAGUCUCCAUUUCCAACCCAGCCAGUCAAAGGUACGUCUCCAAGGAAACCAUUCGAGUGCAGCAGCGAUGCAGCUGCAGACAUCGUGCUGUUGGUGGAUGGCUCCUGGAGUAUUGGACGCACCAACUUCAGGCGGGUCAGAGACUUCCUGGAGGCCUUGAUGACACCCUUCCGUAUUGGACCGGAUCACAUUCAGAUCAGCUUGACUCAGUACAGUGGGGACCCCCGCACAGAGUGGGACCUUGGCACUUUCUCCAAUAAGGAGCAGCUGCUCGAAGGAGUACGAAACUUCCGAUAUAAAGGCGGGAACACUUUUACAGGACAGGCGCUGCUUCAUGUCAUGGAGAAGAACUUGAAGACCGAGGCAGGCGCCAGACUAGACACGCCGAUUUUUUUGCUGUUGUUGACUGACGGCAAAUCUCAGGAUGACGCCAUCACUGCUGCAGACCGGCUGAAGAAUGCCGGCGUGGAGAUCAUCGCUGUAGGUGUGAAGAAUGCAGACGAAGCUGAGCUGAGACAGAUGGCGUCGGAGCCGGUGGAUCUGAACGUCUACAAUGUCAACGACUUCCCUCUGCUCAGCAAGUUGGUGUCACGGCUGGUUCACAUCCUGUGUGCGAGAAUCGAGGACCACGGCGUCAAAAAACGAGCAGAGCCACAGGCCACUGUGGACCCGGCUCUCCAGUUCCCCAGCCCUGCAGAUCUUCGCUUCUCUCAGCUGGGAUCCAGAGAGGUGAAGCUGCACUGGACCAAUCCUGCUAAACCAGUCCAGCAGUACAGAGUGGUGUACCACAGCACCGAGGGCCCGAGUCCCCAAGAGGUGGUUCUGCCUGGUUCUGAAUCCACGGUGCUGCUGGACGGCCUCUCGGCUCAGACACUCUACCACGUGUCCAUCUUCCCUGUGUACUCGAACAGCGUUGGCUUGGCGCUUAGAGGAACUGUCACAACAUUGCCGCUGGCCAUGCCGGCAGACUUGGCGGUGUCUCCCUCUUCAUACAGUUCGUUACGAGUGAGCUGGAGUCCGGCCGCCGGCGCUACUCAGUACAUGAUCCUGUACUCGGCUCUCAGCGAUGGAGAACCUGACGACGCCAAGGAGGAGAAGUUCAGCGCUGAUCAGACAGUUGUGGAGCUAAAAGGGUUACUGCCAGCAACAGAUUACUCCAUCACCCUCUACGCCCUGUAUGAUGAAGACCCCAGCGAUCCUGUCACCUCUGUUGCCUCUACGCUCCCUCUUCCAGCCCCAGUGAGUAUCCAGUUCCCACUGGUCACCCACAGCGGGCUGAGGGUCAGCUGGGUGCCCGGCGCCCUGGAUGUUCCAGGUCACAGGAUCACCUACAGCACUAACCACGGCAGUGACGUCAAACGGAUGGAAGUUUCAGGUCUGAACUCAGUUUUGGUGCAGAACCUUUCGUCUCUGUCCAGAUACCUGGUUUCAGUCCAGUCUCAUUACCCGCAAGGCCUUUCUGCUUCGCUCACCAGUAACGUCACCACAUUGAAGGUGCCUUCCCCAUCAGACCUGCGGGUGACUAACUACUCUGGCAGUGAAAUCACUGUGCGUUGGGAGGCGGCAGCCGACGACGUGGUUCUAUAUCUCAUCAAGUGGAUCUCCCUCAGUGGAGGAGACCUGCGACAGCUGAGAGUGAACGGAGCCAAUGAGGGGGCCAUUCUGGAGGGGAUAGAAGACGAUAAGGAAUACCAGAUCUCUCUGUCUGCACUGUAUGCAGACGGAGCUCAGAGUGAAGCUGUGGCCACGCGCUACAGCACCUUAUCAGGCGGAGGCCCCUCAGCUGUUAGGGUCUCUGAAGAGACCCCCGUCAGCAUGCGGGUCAGCUGGGAACCUCCCAACGCUCACGUCCUCCAGUACCGUGUGUCCUACACGGCGCUGAGUGGAGCGGACAGCCAGGACAGCACUGUGUUGGUGAAAGGGGAUGAAAAACAGGUGGUGCUGAAGUCGCUGCAGCCCGACACCCGCUACAGCAUCUUGGUCUCCACAGAGUAUCGCAGCAGGGAGGGGGGCAGCGAUUCAGCUCAAGGCAAAACCACCAGUUUGCGGGUCAGCAGUGUGAGCGUGGUCAAGUUGGACCACGCCAGCAUUUGUGUGUCAUGGAGGCGGGUGUCUGCAGUGGACGGGUAUCGGAUCACCAUCCAGUCCGUUAACGCAGACAAGCAGACCAAAGAGGAAACGGUGGAUGAGUCCAGCAGCAGCCACUGCUUCACUGACCUGGAACCAGAGACGCUUUACCGCAUCAGUGUGCGCUCCCUGCUCGGCUCAGCAGAGGGCGCUGCCGUGUCCAUUCUCCAUCCAACAGCUGCAGCUCCGGCCCAAACUCCCAUCCAUCCCAGGCUGUAUCCCAUUCACAAUGAAGUUUGUCCUGAAGUGACCAUCAGAAACAGCAUAGUUAAAGGCUUUGACAUGAUGGAGGCGUUCGGUCUGACGCAGAGCGCUCAUUCGUCAGUGGAAGGCGUGGCGGCGGAGCCUUUUGUCUUUAGUGCUCUCCCCACAUACACACUGUACAAAGAUGUGCAGCUCACUCAGAGCACCAAGUUCAUUCAUCCUGCAGGUUUCUCUCCAGAGCACACCAUCAGCAUCGCUUUCCGUCUCCUACAGGACUCGCCCAAGGAGCCGUUUGCUCUCUGGCAGCUCACAGACGACGACUUCCAGCCAAAAAUGGGACUGGUGAUUGACCCUUCUACCAAGCAUCUGCAAUACUUCAGUCUGGACUACAGGGGUGAGGUGCAGCAGCUGACCUUCGAUCAGCCGCAGGUCCACAGGCUCUUCUACGGCAGUUUCCACAAAGUUCACCUCUCCGUUGGCCAGGUGAGCGUGUCCCUUUCCGUGGACUGCCAGCGUGUGGGGGAGAGGCCGGCCCGCCCAAUGGGCAGCCUGCCCACUGACGGAUUUGAGAUGUUGGGGAAGCUAGUGAAGACACGAGGACCUAACAGCGGAUCCGCUUCGUUCCAGUUGCAGUCCUUCGAGAUCAUCUGUAACACCACGUGGGCGUCAGAAGACACGUGCUGUGACCUGCCUGCAGUGAGAGACGAGGAGAGCUGCCCCCCCCAUGCAUACACCUGUACCUGUUCCUUGGACAGUCCCGGAGCUCCUGGUGACCCCGGCCCAAUCGGAAAGCCAGGACCUCGGGGGGAGAAGGGGGAGAAGGGAGAGCUGGGCCAAAAGGGGGAGGUGGGUCCUCCAGGAAAGCCAGGGUUGGAGGGAGGACUCGGACCUCUGGGCAGUGUUGGCCCCAGAGGCAUAACGGUGCAGGGCAAAACAGGUCCUCCGGGACCGCGGGGGGAGAGGGGAGAUCCCGGUCGACCUGGAGUCCAGGGUUUACCGGGACCCCCAGGCCCAAAAGGAGAGGAGGGAAUACCAGGCCCAAAGGGGAUCAGAGGUGUUGAAGGGAACAUCGGCCCUUCAGGGAUCGCCGGACCCAGGGGCCUCCAGGGAAUCCCAGGACACCCGGGUCCUGUAGGAGAGAGGGGCCCAUCAGGACCUGUUGGACUUACGGGUCUACCAGGGAAUAAAGGAGAACAAGGUGAAAAGGGCGAGCCACAGUCCAUGGCAGUGAUCUAUCAGCUGGUCACGCAGGCCUGCGAGCAGCUCGUUCACAAAGAGGUGCUGAAGCUUGAUGCAUACAUCAACAAGAUCAGUCAGAAGCCGGCUCCUGUUGAGGAGCCUGUGGGACCUCCGGGUGAACCUGGAAUUCCAGGGCCUCGAGGCCCACCAGGAGCUCGGGGAUCCCAAGGGAAUGUGGGGCCCAGAGGAAGACCUGGAAGGCCUGGAUAUCCUGGAGAGCAGGGGCGUAGAGGUGUGCUAGGGAGCAAGGGUGAUCCUGGCAAUAACAUCCAGGGAUCUGCUGGGAUCAAAGGGUUUGCAGGUUCCCCAGGUGAAUCCAUCCUUGGAGAUCCUGGUCCUAAAGGAAACGAUGGCAAGCCAGGACCUCCAGGGAUCCCUGGACCUCCUGGUCAGCCUGGGGAAAUUGGGCCACCGGGUGUGUGUGACAACAGUGGAGGAUGCCAAAAAAUCCCCCAGCAGACAGAUGACUCUUAUUAUGGCUACCAGCCAUGAUCUGAGAGUACAGAGGGGAUGAAGGAGCUCCACCUUGAAAAGACGCCCCCAAAGAGAAUGACUGAUGUGGGCAUUCAGAACAGCAUGUGGAGACAUGAAAGGAAUCACUACUACAAUUUCUGCAAACAAAACUGCUGAAAUAUGAUUGAUAUUUAUAAAAUGAAAAGACAAAAA